CAGAUGAACUGAUCGGCCCAGACCUGACAUCGACUUUGUAGCAAGCAACAAGCGAGAAAUCCAGACUCCAGACGAGCAAUGGCGAAGAGCUCCCGCUCAAGUUCGCGCAAAGCGAAUAAUCAACGCCUCAAGGCCAGAGUCUUCGGUCCCAUCGAACUGGAGCGCAAUGCGCGGCUCUCCGCAAAGCUCCUCGAGUUAGCUACGGCGCCUAAGCCCGACGACGAAAGUAUGAAGAUUAUCGACGAGGAUGCCGAUGUCAUUGGUAGCAAUAAUACUGAGAAGGACGGUGCCGCAGCAGGCGAAAACACCAUGGAUAUCGACACCGCUAAGAGCGCUGUUACAUCAAGCAAGUCGAGCGGCAAGAAGGGCCGCAUUGAGAAGCGCAGGAAAACAAGCAAGAUUGUUUUCCCCAAAUACGGAGACAAGGCCAAGAAGAAGAGGAAAAACUAGCUUACCAAUAGCCUCGCAGGCUUGGUAGCUUGAGGUGUCAAACGGCACACAAUUAAUGGCAUGGAAAAUUAUGGCCAAUGAAACAAGCAUGCAUCGCAUAGGCGUUAGGGUUGCUCAUCUUUUUUUUG